CGAAAUUGUGCUCUGAUUCAUCUAUCCUCCACCUCUUUGUGCGUCCACAACCGCACUGAAUACUCUACCAACUGCUCAAUUGGUCGCGCUGAACUUGCUCCUCCCGUCAUGGCGUCACGGCGGGCUCUCCAUGCCUUGCCUCUCCACACUCUUCUCCGUCCUCAGUGCUCCAGAAGCUUGCUGCAGUCGGAACGGUUCUCCAGCUCUUCGUCCACCCAAGCGUUAGCAUACAAAGCGCUCCACCGCCGCAUUGCCCCCCUCCCGACCGAUGACCGUCCUCCCGCGUGGUCUGCACAGGCCGCUGUCAGCAGCAUUCUCUAUGAAACCCCGCUCCCCUCUCAAGCCCCGCCGAAACGUCAUAUCCUGAACUGCUUGGUGCAGAAUGAGCCCGGUGUGCUGUCUCGUGUGUCUGGUAUUCUUGCCGCCCGCGGUUUCAACAUUGACAGCUUGGUUGUUUGCAAUACCGAGGUGGACGACCUCUCCCGUAUGACAAUUGUGCUCCAAGGUCAGGACGGAGUAGUCGAGCAAGCCCGCCGUCAGCUGGAGGAUCUUGUUCCGGUAUGGGCGGUACUGGACUACACAGCAGCCCCCCUCGUACAGCGGGAACUUCUCCAUCGGGAGAUGGCACACAUGCCAGAUGAGAUCGAGGGGGUUUAUGAACCAGCGGAACUAUCAGAUGCGGAGCGCGAAGCCUUUGCUGAUGCAGCGGCUCGCGAAUCUCUAAGAAAGAAUUUUCAUCCAAGCAACCUAGCCGUUAGUCAAGCGCUGAGACACAAACACGAGCAUCUUCGGGCCAUCACCUUCCUGACACAUCAGUUUGGUGGCAAAGUGCUUGAUAUCAGCACUAAUAACUGCAUUGUAGAGGUGUCUGCAAAGUCGACUAGGAUUGAUUCUUUCAUGAAAUUGAUUGCUCCCUUUGGAAUCCUCGAGUCGGCGAGGACAGGCCUCAUGGCUUUGCCACGUUCUCCGCUCCACGGACCAAACGAGGUUGAAGAGAAGGAAGCCCAGGAUGUUGUGGACCAGAGCACACUUCCCCCAGGUUAAGUCUAUCUUCCACCCUUUGCUUGGAUUUUUUGGAGUCAUCUGAGUUUGGCGGAAAGGCGUUCUCUCGACCCCUUGUACAUACCUCCACGAUGGCCUGAUAUCCUAGUGCAGAUAUAAAACAGUUUCUCCAAGUGAUGCCAGGCCAUAUCAAGCCGUA